AUGGUUGAUAAUCUGGAACUGGAUCCGAUUUCCAAAGAAAAAACAGAGAAUAAAGAAGAGCAAGUCGAAUUAAAUUUACCUGGGCCGACUGAAGAGGAACCCAAAGCACCUGUCUUAUUGUCCCAAGAAGAGCAAGAAUAUGUUCGUCUAACAAACACAAGUCGGCCACGCGUCAAGGCAGCAUAUGUAGUCCUGGUGCGUAAUUCAGAGCUUCAUGCGUUGCGGUCUUCAAUGCGGUAUCUGGAAGACAGAUUCAAUCGCAAGUACAACUACCCGUGGAUCUUUCUGAACGAGGAGCCGUUUACAGAGGAGUUUGUGAAAUUGACCCAACAGAUGACCAAUUCAGAAACACAUUAUGGUCUUGUGCCAGAGAAGCACUGGAGCUAUCCAGAUUGGAUCAAUCAAACUCUAGCCAGGGAGUGUCGCGAAACAAUGGCACAUAAUGGUAUUGUAUAUGGUGGAAGUGAGAGUUAUAGACACAUGUGUCGGUUCCAGUCUGGAUUCUUCUUCCUUCACCCCUUAUUAGAUGGGUUGGACUAUUACUGGCGAGUCGAACCAGGUGUUAAGUUCUCUUGUGAUAUUGAUUACGAUCCAUUCCAAUUGAUGGUUGAACGUGAUCUCAAGUAUGGUUUUACUAUUGCACUAGAAGAGUAUCGCUCAACAGUACCUACUUUGUGGGAAACUACCCUAGAGUUCAUAAAGACCUAUCCCCAAUACAUGUAUCCUCGCAACAAGGCCGAUAGUCUAUUUCGCAUGGUAACAGAUGACAAUGGACAAUCGUAUAAUCUUUGCCAUUUCUGGAGUAAUUUUGAGAUUGCAUCGGUCAAGUUUUUGCGAUCAGAAGGAUAUCAAGCUUACUUUAGACAUCUUGACCGUGCUGGAGGAUUCUUUUAUGAAAGAUGGGGUGAUGCUCCUGUUCACUCUAUUGCUGUUGCUUUGAUGCUGAGCCAAAAGGAUGUUCAUUGGUUUUAUGAUAUUGGGUACAAACACGAUACAUUUGAACAUUGUCCAACAGAACCAGCUUGGCUGGUGCAUGGCAAAUGCUACUGCAAUCCGCUCACUUCAUUUGUGCGUGAUUCUGGUAGCUGUACACCAAAGUACCUGGAGAUCACCAACUCUUCAACCGACCAGUACAUUGUUACUCGUCCAGAUAAAAUUUUAAAGUAG